AUGUCCAGUCAAGUCAUUGUCGUUGGUGGUGGUCUCUCUGGCCUUUCCGCUGCUCACACGGUUUUGGAACAUGGUGGUAACGUUUUGGUUCUCGAUAAGAACUCUUUUUUUGGUGGCAACUCAACGAAAGCCACGUCUGGUAUUAAUGGUGCCUUGACCAAAACUCAGAUAG